CCUCCCCCUCCAAAAAAAGUCCGACAUUCCUUCCUUGGAAUCGCUGCUGGAGGCUGUCCACGUUUGCAGCUCACACAUCUGCGCGCCGAGGCCUCCGCUCGAAAUUAACAGCCCAGUUGUCGUUUUUCAAGCCUUAUUUUGGUCAAGACGAUGUUCGCCCGUUGCAUCGUCCCCGUGUUCGUCGCGUUCGUGUGUUUGGCGGAGUGCAACCCCAGCCCGCUCGGCGAUGUCGUCGUGGACAGACACUUCAUCCCCCCCACUUGUACGCGGCAAGCCCAAGACGGAGAUCAGGUUCGCUAUCACUACAACGCCACUUUUCUCGACGGGAAAACUUUUGAUUCCAGCCACCAGCGAGGGGCAGCCAAGGUGGGCCUUCUCGGGGAGGGUCGCCUGAUCGCCGGCGUCGAGAAAGGACUGCUUGGCAUGUGCGUCAACGAGCGACGCACUCUCACCGUCCCUCCGCACUUGGCCUAUGGCAGCAACGGAGCAGGUGAAACGAUCCCUCCGGACACCACGCUGGUCUUCGAGAUCCUUCUGCUGGAUUUGUGGAACAAAGCCGACCUGGUGGUCACCAAAACCAUCAGCACCCCCAAAGAGUGCAGACGUUCGGUGAUGCGCAGCGACUUUGUGCGUUACCACUACAACGGUACCCUGCUGGACGGCAGCACCUUUGACUCCAGCUACGUGCGGAGGCAGACGCGCGACUCCCUGGUGGGCGAGGGCUGGCUGGUCAAGGGCAUGGACGAGGGCCUGCUGGGCAUGUGCGUGGGCGAGAUCCGGAAUAUCCUCAUCCCGCCUUUCAAAGGCUACGGAGAAAAAGGCUCAGCAGGAGCGGAGGUCCCCCCCCAUGCCACUUUGGUGUUUGACGUGCUGCUGGUGGACAUCCACAACCCCAAAGACAACGUCACCGUGGAGGAGCAGGCGGUGCCCGAGUCGUGCCAUCGCCGGACGGUGGCGGGCGAUUACAUCCGCUACCAUUACAACGGAACCUUUCUCAACGGCGUCACCUUCGACACCAGCUACCAGAGGAACGGCACGUACAACACCUACAUCGGGAUGGGCUACGUGAUCGCCGGCAUGGACCAGGCCCUGCUCGGGGUCUGCAUGGGCGAGCGAAGGAGGGUCGUCAUCCCGCCGCACCUGGCCUACGGGCAAGACGGAGCAGGCGACGUGAUCCCGCCGUCUGCCGUGCUGGUCUUCGACAUCCACGUGGUGGACUUCCACAACCCCAGCGACCAAGUGGACGUGCAGGUCCUCCACCGCCCCGAAGUCUGCAACCACACCACCGAGGUGGACGACCUGGUCCACUACCACUACAACUGCACCCUGGUGGACGGCACGCGCCUCUUCUCCUCGCACGAUUACGAGAACCUCCAGGACGCGGUGCUGGGCUCGGACAAGGUGAUCGACGGGCUGGAGCAGGCCUUGCGGGGCAUGUGCGAGGGCGAGAGGCGAAUGGUCACCGUGCCGCCUCACUUUGGCCACGGAGAAAAAGGAGCCCCGGGCGUGCCGAGCAGCGCCGUGCUGGUGUUUGACAUCGAGAUGGUACGCGUGCAGAAGGGCGUGCCGCCGGGUUACCUCUUCGUGUGGCUGAAGGAGACGCCCCAAGAUUUGUUCCAAGCCAUGGACGUCAACAAGGACGAGGCCGUGCCCCAGGAAGAGUUUGCCGACUUCAUCAAGCUGCAGGUGUCGGAGGGCAAAGGUCGCCUGAGGCCCGGGAUGGCCGCGGAGCUUGUGAUCGCCGACAUGUUUGCCAAUCAGGACCGCGACAAAGACGGACGCAUCACGGCCGAAGAGCUGAAGCUCAAGGUGGACGAGGACAUCGAGCGAGCGCAACACGACGAGCUGUGAUGCAUUUUUUGGGGGGGGUAGUUUUGUUUGCCCGUGUUGUACAGCCUUCUUGUUUUGCAAGUAAAACAACUACCCGGACUUGAAAUUUCCUUUUACAGCCACACUUUAAAUGUCAAAUCAGACUGAUGAAAUGCAGUCUUGGGAUUCAACACACACACACACACAAAUGUUUUUUUCUCAAUGCAGCAUUACAAUCAAUCAGGUUGCAGGGAGAAAAAUGCUUUGGUCUUCAUGGACAAAAUUUCAAUUUGGCGAUGCACAUUUUGCACGAGUUUUUCAAGGUUUGGCGUUUGUUCAAUACAAAUGUAAUUCAAGUUUGCGAUCAAUAAAACGGCAACUGUUCCAUUCA